AUGGAGAAGUCCGAGUCCCACUUCCUCGCCGGCAAGAAAAUCAUCGUCGCCGGCUCCGGCAUCGCCGGCCUCUCCUUCGUCAUCGCCCUCCGCAGGCUCUGGGACCCGGCCCUGGAUCCACCCGAGGUUAUCAUCUACGACCGCGACGGCCGACGCAUCGGCCCUGACCGGGAGGGCUACUCGCUCGCGCUCCACGGCCUUGACGGCGACGGCGGCCUCGUCGCCUGCCGGGAUCUCGGUCUGCUGGACGCCGUGCUCGGCCGCGCUGGGGCAAGGGCCGACGGCAGCACGAGCUAUAAGAUCUGGGAUGAGGGCCUCGCCGACGGCCGCAUCCGCGUGCACCUCUCGGCCACCAACGGCCCCGGCGUCUCCCGGACCGACGACUGCGAUCUGCUCAUCGCCGCAGAUGGGGCGCACAGUAAGGUGCGCGCAAGCUUCCGGCCUGACGACGAACCGGAGUAUAAUGGCACCGUGCUUGUGGGCGGAGUGGGCCGAUUCGUCGACGGAGUCCCCUCCACUCUCAAUCAUUGGGGAAUGGUCGUGUCGGGACAGGGCAUCGGCUACUUCUUCGCCCCGGUCGACGACACGGGCCUCCUCUGGGUCCUAAGCCAGCCACAGCCGGAGCGGACAGAGAGCGGCGACUUGGAGGCCCUCAGGCGCGAAGCUCUGGCCCUUUGCCCACGACGACGCGGUCCCAAGAAACGUCGUCUUCGUCGGCGACAGUAA